ACUGCAAACUCUUGAAGACUUGGCUUCAGCAUCUAGUAGUAGACCAGAUAACGCUGUUCCUGUUUUCAUCAUGACCCACAGGUGCAUCCUCCAAAUUGCUCUCCUGCUGUGUUUCUCCACCACAGCUCUUUCCACGAGCUACAGAUUGCUUCGAUUCCAACAAAGGAGCAGCAAUUUGGCAUGUCAGAAACUUCUGCGGCAGUUACCUGGAAUGCCUCAACAUUGCCUCGAGGACAGGAUGGACUUCGAGGUCCCUGAGGAGAUUAAGCAACCACAGCAGUUCCGGAAGGAAGACGCUGUAUUGGUCAUCUAUGAGAUGCUCCAGCAGAUCUUUGGUAUUCUCAGAAGAAAUUUCUCUAGCACCAGCUGGACUGAGACCAUCACUGAGAACCUCCUUGUGGAAGUCUAUGGGCAGAUGGAUCGUCUGGAGACAAUCCUGGAGGAAAUAAUGGAGAAGGAAAACUUCACCGGGGUAUACAUGACCAUUCUUCACCUGAAGAAAUAUUACUUGCAGAUCAUGCAGUACCUGAAGUCCAAGGAGUACAGCAACUGUGCCUGGACAGUAGUGCGAGUGGAAAUCCUCAGGAACUUUUCCUUCCUUAACCGCCUUACAGAUUACCUCCAUAAUUGAAGAUCUCCCAACUGUGGCUCUGGGAAUGGACAAUGCUGCCAAUGAUGUCAGGCUCUUCAACCAGUGGAGGUUCUUUAAGUAACUGACAGGCAAUGCACUGGAUUUGAAAGGACAGUUAAAGACUUUAAGCUUUUUAAAAAUUAAUUUAUACAUUAUUUAUUUAUUUAAACUUUUACCAUGGGAAAUAAACUUUUUA